UACAGAAUUUUGGAAAAUUUUAAAGAUUAGUCGAUUUCUUGAAAGUGGGGUUUUGUAUAAUUUAAUGUAUUGUAAUAUGUAGGAAAAAAGAGGAAAUUUUGAGAGGUGGGUAAUGAUGAGAGAUCAAGAAGAUAUAGAAAAUGAAGGAGUUGGGGUAAUGGUAAUGGAAGAUGGGAAAGAUUUAGAGAGGAAUAUUUCAUCUGAGAGUGGUUUUAGAGAGCCAUUGCUUAAAUCAAAGAGUAGAGUCAAUAAUACAUCACAAAUUGCUAUUAUUGGAGCCAAUGUUUGCCCUAUUGAGAGUCUUGAUUAUGACAUUGUUGAAAAUGACCUAUUCAAGCAAGAUUGGAGAUCAAGGAAAAAGGUCCAGAUAUAUCAAUAUAUAUUCCUAAAGUGGACACUUGUGCUUCUUAUUGGAUUGAGUACAGGACUUGUUGGUUUCUUUCUAAACAUAGCAGUGGAAAAUAUUGCUGGGUUCAAGCUUCUGCUUGCUAGUGAUUUAAUGCUUGAGGAUAAGUAUUUCCGUGCAUUUGCUACUUUUGCAGGUUGCAAUUUGGGUCUUGCGACUUGUGCUGCGAUCCUAUGUGCAUUUAUUGCACCUGCAGCUGCAGGGUCAGGAAUUCCUGAAGUUAAAGCAUAUUUGAAUGGUGUGGAUGCUCAUUCCAUUUUAGCUCCUAGUACUUUAUUUGUGAAGAUAAUUGGUUCUGUUUUGGGUGUUUCUGCUGGAUUUGUUGUUGGUAAGGAAGGACCCAUGGUCCACACUGGCGCUUGUAUCGCAAACUUACUUGGACAGGGCGGCUCCCGCAAAUAUCAUCUGACGUGGAAGUGGCUGAGGUAUUUCAAAAAUGACCGUGACCGCAGAGAUUUGAUCACUUGUGGUGCUGCAGCUGGUGUUGCAGCCGCUUUCCGAGCUCCAGUUGGUGGUGUUCUUUUUGCUCUCGAAGAAGUAGCCUCAUGGUGGCGAAGUGCUCUACUUUGGAGGACUUUCUUCACAACUGCUAUAGUAGCUAUGGUGCUCAGAUCUUGCAUUCAAUUCUGUCGGAGUGGGAACUGUGGUCUAUUUGGUCAAGGAGGUUUGAUAAUGUUUGAUGUGAAUUCAGGAUCUCCUAAUUAUAACACUGUAGAUGUACUGGCGGUAUUGACAAUUGGAGUUCUUGGAGGCCUUUUGGGAAGCCUUUAUAAUUAUCUUGUGGAUAAGGUCCUGCGGACUUACAGCAUCAUUAAUGAGAGAGGUCCUGCUUUCAAAGUCAUGCUCGUAAUGACCAUUUCGAUCCUGACUUCUCUUUGUUCGUAUGGUCUUCCAUGGUUUGCAAGUUGCACACCUUGCCCUGUAGGCUUGGAGGAAAAAUGCCCUACUGUUGGUCGCUCUGGAAACUAUAAGAAUUUCCAGUGUCCAGCUGGGCAUUACAAUGAUCUGGCCUCCCUGUUUAUGAAUACCAAUGAUGAUGCCAUCCGCAAUUUGUUUAGUGCAGAAAAUUCAAGUGAAUUCCACCUUUCUACACUUUUUGUCUUCUUCGCUGGGGUAUAUUGCCUUGGCAUUAUUACCUAUGGAAUUGCUAUUCCCUCUGGGCUGUUCAUUCCUGUCAUACUUGCUGGAGCCUCAUAUGGACGUCUUGUUGGAAGUGUCUUGGGUUCGGUCUCUAAUCUUAAUAAUGGCCUGUUUGCGCUCCUUGGGGCUGCCUCCUUCCUUGGUGGUACUAUGAGGAUGACAGUAUCACUCUGUGUCAUACUGCUUGAGCUCACCAAUAAUCUGCUAAUGCUUCCGUUGGUGAUGCUUGUUCUCCUUGUAUCAAAAACUGUGGCCGAUAGUUUUAACAAGGGUGUCUAUGACCAGAUUGUGAAAAUGAAAGGCUUGCCUUACUUGGAAGCACACGCCGAACCUUACAUGAGGCAAUUGGCUGCAGGAGAUGUUUGUUCUGGGCCUUUAGUAACAUUUUCAGGUGUUGAGAAGGUAGGGAACAUAGUACACGCUUUGAAGUUUACUAGACACAAUGGGUUUCCCGUGGUUGAUUUACCACCAUUCUCAGACGCGCCAGAGUUCUGUGGACUUGUUUUAAGGUCACAUUUAGUUGUUUUGCUCAAAGGGAAGACAUUCACGAAACUAAGUGUACUGAGUGGCUCCAAUAUUUUGAAGAGGUUUCAUGCAUUUGAUUUCGCGAAACCAGGAUCAGGGAAGGGGCUUAAGUUUGAGGAUUUGUCCUUCUCCCCCGAGGAGAUGGAAAUGUAUGUUGAUCUCCAUCCUAUCACAAAUACAUCUCCAUACACAGUAGUGGAAACCAUGUCUCUGGCCAAAGCUGCAAUUCUUUUCCGUGAACUUGGUCUCAGACACUUGUGUGUCGUCCCAAAGACUACCAAGAGAAAUCCAAUUGUUGGAAUCUUGACAAGGCAUGACUUCAUGCCAGAGCAUAUAAAGGGACUGUAUCCACAUUUGGUCCAUCACAAGUAAACAGGAGAAAAUAACUCUUUCAACAAGCAAAUGGCAAUUUAGGGAAGUGUUUAUACACACUCCACCAUUGAGCUCUCUGUACAAUCUUCCUAAAUUUUUAUUUAUUUCAUUGUUAAAUAAAUUUAGAAGAAAGAUGAUC